AAGACUAUCAACCUACCUAAGGCCCAAACUUAGGAUAAGGUUCUACUGGCAGUACCUCAACUCCCAAUUUGUGAAUUAGAAAAAAUAUCAUGGCGGCCAGUUGCGGUGGCAGCUUCUUAACACUGUGGUGUGCCGGUGCUAUCCAAAAUCAACAUGUAUCACAACCUACAACAUUUCUUGGAGCUCCCGACUACCACCAUAGGAAGAGGAAAACACUGUAUAGGUUAGUUGUGGUAGCUGUGACCCAAGGCUCCGCCGAAUCAAGUAAAUCAGAGGAAAAAAUCCCUUCCUGGGCUAAACCAGAUUCCGAUGAACCACCACCAUGGGCCAGGGAUGAGGCCAACAAAAACACUUCGGAGCAAGGAUUUGAAAUCCCAUUCUUCGCCUAUUUACUUGCCUCUGCCAUAACAGCAAUUGCUGCUAUUGGCUCCAUCUUUGAAUAUGUGAACCAAAGACCGGUGUUUGGAGUAUUAACCUCGGACAGCGUGUUUUAUGCUCCCUUGCUUGGUUUUUUUGUCUUCACUGGCAUUCCCUCUUCGGCUUUCCUUUGGUUCAAAUCUGUUCAAGCUGCUAACAAAGAAGCAGAGGAACAAGACAAGAAGGAUGGAUAUUUAUAGAGGUGGAUUCUGAUUUGCAUUUCUUUAUUCUAUAAGUUAUGAAGAAAAUGCACGUACUGCCGUGUUAAACGUGAAUAUUAACUUUUAUGUAUGAAUACAGAUAUUAGUAUGGUAGAAUAUGGAGCACCAUUGUCGUUGUGUAAUCAAUACAAGUAAGAAUGGUUUGUGAUGAUGUUAAGUCAAUCUUCUGGAAAUGCUUGACUUUGAUGUCUGUCUGUGAAUGGUGAAAAAAAUAUGU